UUGAGUCACAUGAAUGGUUUGUUUUGGUCGUGACAGAUCUGUACAUUAGCACGUAGCUAGCAGACACUACUGCAACAACGUUAUAUUCUGGUUAAAAUAUCAGGUGAACAAAACAUAGAUCUUAAAAUCUUCUCUCAAGGGCAAGAAAAAGGAAAUACGAGAAAGGGCGAGAAAAAGGACAUACAUCAGGCGGAAGCGUCUCUGGUUUCUGUUUACGCUAAUGAGUGCCAACGUUAAUCGUCAAAACGAUGCUUCGGUGGAUUCUUGGUGGUCGAGAAGCUCAGGGUUCAUUGGAGAAAAGCUCCGUGUUGUGCAUCGGAGAGGAACAGCCCAAAAACUGGUUCACUGAGCUGCAGGUGCUGAAAGGACAUUUUGACAUUGUUCGAUUUCUGGUGCAGAUUGAUGACUUCAGAUGUGCCUCAGCAGGCGAUGAUGGCCUGGUUUUGGUGUGGAAUGUUGAGACCGGAGAGAGACUCCAGGAGCUGAGGGGCCACUCCCAGCAGAUAACAGCCAUGACCACCUUCACCUGUGAUGAUGGAGACACGACGCACACCUCGCUCCUCACAGCGUCCUCUGACCGGAGUCUCAGCCUGUGGGACCCGGACACAGGCAACAGGGUUCAGACCAUUUCAGAUCUUCAGUCCUCUGUAAAGUGUCUGCUGGUGCUGGAGCGGCUGUGUGUGUUUGUCUCGGGCGGGGGGGAGCUGUGUGUGUGGAACAAAGACUUCCAGCUGCAGUGUCACCGACCCAACCACAGCGACACCGGAAUAACUGCUUUGAUAGAGCUGCCCAAGAACUGCAUAGCAGCUGCGAUGGAUAAAGAGAUAGUGAUCUACAGGCUGACGGUCUCUACAGAUUCUUCCAUAUCGGUGGCUGAGGUCCGCUGUCUGUCCGACCACCAGGACAGAAUUCGAGCUCUUAUUAACGUCAAUGACGGGCUCUUUGCGAGCGGCUCCCACGCGGGCGAGCUGAUAUUAUGGGAUGCGAUUGAAUGGAACAUCAUGGCCUAUGAGCACAUCCUGUGGGAGGAGUCACAAGCCUGCACUCAGGCCGAAAUACGAUUGGCUGCUCCCAAACCCAGUGAGAUGUCCAUACAGCAUCUGACCACCAAUGGAAGGCACAUCCUUGCAGCUGUAGGCAGCGGUCUGUAUGUGUUCAGCAUUCUGACCAAGACGGUGGUGGCCUACAGGAAGGCGGCCCACGACUCUAACGUCCUGCACACCAUGCUGCUGUCUGACAGCGAGCUGAUGUCCUGCUCUGAGGACGGCAGUGUGAGGAUGUGGGAGAUCCAGGACCUGCCUCUGUCUGCUGAGCCCGCCUCUUCAGGCUUCUUUGGCAUGUGGACUUUCGGCCGGCCGAACAAACCGAGCGCUCCUCCGUUAAAGAAGGUGGUGGACGUCCCAAACAUCCGGAUGCUGGAGCUGACGGGGGAUCUCAUUGGACACUCGGGAGCUGUCCAGAUGUUCGUGAGCUUCAGGGAGAACGGUUUGGUCACCUGCUCCACGGACCACCUGCUGAUCCUGUGGAAGAACGGAGAGAGGCAGUCCCAGCUCCGCAGCCUGGCACUGUUCCAGAAGCUGGAGGAGAAUGAAGGACUCUGACCUUUGACCCUUGCACCGCUGCCUUGAGAUGUAAAGCUUUCCCGUGAUGGUCUGUUAUCUUUGUAAUGUACUGUUUGCUUUAAAUGAUCAUGUUUGUUGUUUGCACCUUAAAUUAAAGUAUUUAACUUAUAAAACUCCUCCAAUUUCCAAUCUGUGGUUAAGCAUUAUAUGGUUGAUGUGAAGUCAGACAUCUUGGAGCUCAGUAUGUAUAUUAUUGGCUUCUGCUUUUCUGAAGUUCUCACUUUGGGAAAAAAGCUAAUUUGUUUCCUGAAAAAGUUAGAUUGGUAGAUCGUUACCGGCUAAAUAUCUGUCCCCUGAAUAUGAAGCUGCAGCCAGUUAGCUUAGCUUAGCAUAAAGAUGGGAAUAGGGAAACGAUUGGCUACCAUCACCUCUAGAAUUCAUUAAAUUGUAUCGCAUGUACUUCACAUACUCCCAGUAAAUCGUGAAUUUGUAAUGUUUAUGCUUCGGUUGAAAAAAACAAACAACCUAUGAUGUGAUGAUUAGUCAAAUUAAGAAUAUUUGUUUUGACAACGCUAUCCAUCUCCUGGCUGUAGCCUUGUAUUUACCAGGGUUCGUACGGGUGCUGGAAAUCCUUGAAAAUGCUUGAAAUUUCAUGUGGUGUUUUCAAGGUUUGAAAAGUGCUUGGAUUUUGGAUAAAGUGCUUGAAUUUUGGUUAAAGUGCUUGGAUUUGUACUUGCUUUACUUUUAUAAUAAAUUGCUGUCUGACUGAA